AUGGUCAUAUAUUUUACCUAUAGGUUGCUGUUUGCAUACUUUGCUUUGCCUGGAAUCUUACUUGGGGAUUUGGCUUUCCGAUGCCCAAGUUGUACGGCGGAGAGCCUAGCUGCGUGUCCCGAAGUCACAGCAACAUGCACAGAAAUAGUGAGGGAGCCGGGCUGCGGCUGCUGUCCACUGUGUGCUCGGUUGGAGGGGGAGCUCUGCGGGGUCUAUACGCCGAGGUGCUCCAGUGGCCUGAUGUGCUAUCCGAGCACAGAGUUUGAAUUACCUUUGCAACAGCUCAUUCAGGGUUUGGGACGAUGUGGACAAAAAGUGGAUUUGGAAGUCACAACAAGUCUGGUCCACCAGGCUACAAAUGGUGAGGUGCAUGGGACUGAGAAUCCAGUCACCAAAAGACCUCCUUUGGCCGAGGUUUGGAUUUGGCAGGAGUCCGCCAGGAAACAACAUCUGAAUGAGCGCAAAGCCAAGAUGAAGACGAAACAACUAGAAGACCCCCGAACCCAGAAAGUGCUACAGAGCGCCUGCCAGCAGGAACUGGACAGGGUCUUAGAGGAGGUCUCCAAAAUAACCUCUCAGGAUAACAGAGGCCCGCUGGAGAAUCUGUACGAGCUCAAGUUUCCUAACUGUGACAGACAUGGACUGUACAACCUCAAACAGUGCAACAUGUCCACCCGCGGCCAGCGGGGCGAGUGCUGGUGCGUUAACCCCUUAACCGGGGUCCAGAUUCCAGCAACGCCUAAAGUACGAGGGGAUCCCAACUGUAACCGGUUUCAGGAGGAACUCCGAGCGAUGCCCACCGCAGCUGAGGCUUACUAGCACGGUCCAGCACAUCCUAUGGCAGGGUUGGCUUUUCCUAAAAAUUCCAAAUCUGGGAGGAUUUUUCCACGAAUAGUGUUAUUUUUAUCAACAUGUAAAGAAGUCGCUAUAUUUGAAGGCUUUGUCUUUUCUUCUUUUUUUUAAUUUACACUAGGUUUAGGUUAAAGUAUCGCUGAACUUACAAUAGGAUGAAGUUGGCAUUGUUCUAGUUGUCCUGUUGUCAACAAAUCCUGUGUCCGUCUCUCAGUGCCGACUAUUCCAGACUAUUCUAGCAUGUCCUUAAGACUCAAGCCCGUGUACUCCUACUAAAGAUGUACAUCUGUAACAAGGAGGAAUACAUAUUUAGUCUUUUUACAUGUCCACUGUAGUUUUUAGCAAACUUUACUUAAACUGAAGAAAAUGGUAAUUUGUUGGACUAUUUCUAACUGCGGAUUAAUAAACAUUUGGUGUACACGUACGUUUUUUAUGGAUGUAUGACAGCAGGACGGUUUAUGUGAGCUUAUGUGGCACACUUGCCAGUUGGAUCUUUUUAUUGUUGCUUUUAGUUUUUUAAUGGGAUUUGUUGACAAUAAAAAAAAAAGAAUAUUGCCAGCCUUAUCCUUUAAAGCUGCAUUAAUUGAUUGUCGGGGCAGCAGAACAAGCUGUAAACAUAUAUUCUCUUUUGGCGAAUGUGUCAGACAGAGCAAGAUUAGCAUUGCUUUUUUUUUUUUUUUUUUUUUUUACCCCUU